UUUGACAAAAGUCAAAAAUCCCUACUAAAAAAAAUCUUAUUUUUGUCUGCUGUUUGUUGUAAAUUUUUUUAGGGCGUGGAAUUAUUUGUUAAUCACUUUCUUUCCAAUUAAUUUCGAAUCUCACACGAAAAAAAACCAAUCAAAAAAAUCUCACCCAAAAACAAUGGGAGCUAGCAACAAAAACACUCGAAUAGCUCUUGGAAUAUCCACAGCAUCAGCUAUAUUUGUUGUAAUUGCUUUUUUCUCGCCAUAUUGGUUGGUCACCGAUGGCAAACUAGCCAAUCCGAAAUUUCUCAAUCUUGGCCUAUGGGAAGUGUGUUUCAAUCACUUCCAAGACAUCCAUCGAUUCUACGACACUCGCUUCACCGGUUGCAUGUGGGUAUUUGAAGAGGAAUACUACAUAAUUCAUGAUUACUUGUUGCCCGGAUUUUACAUUGCUGUUCAAUUCUUUGCAACGCUUUGUUUUGUUGCUUGUUUGGUAGCAUUGCCAUUAACUUUGGCCUUCUUAAAAUGCUCUCGCGAUGACGAUAGAUAUGUCUUCCUUCUGCUGACAAUUGGCGCAGUCGAAGUGUUUGGUUCACUUUGUGGAAUGUUGGCCGCUUUAAUUUUCGGUGCCAAUGGAGAUCGAAGAGAUUGGAUGCCUCAUUGGCAAAACAAUGAUAUGGGAUGGGCAUUCGCACUUGCUUGCAUUGGCAGUGCAUUCCUUAUGCCAGCUGGAGUACUUUAUAUUGUAGAAGCACGUCGCGAACGUUAUAAGCGUUUGAACGAAAUUGGAAAUCGUGAAGUAAACGAUUAUGCAAAUGAUUAUAAUACACGACGAUAUGGUGAAGGAGUACAGACAGAUAUUUAGAAUAUGUAUUAAUCGUUUAUAAUAGAUAGAAUCCGUCCAUAUCAAACCAAAAAUCAUGUUUGAUUUUAAUUUAAUUGUUUAUUUUGUAAGUUUUAUCCACUAGAGAAAGUGCCUUCACAUUAUUUUUGUAAAAAUAUAACUUUUGAAACAUUCCAUGUUUUUUUUUUUAAUUAUUUUUCUGUUUUAUUUUUAAUCACAAAUGACAAAUAAAAUUUUUUA